AUGACUACAAACCGUGCUAACCCUACAACAGCGCCUCAUCGGGCCACUUCGUUCGUGAAGACAAACUGGUGUGUCACGGUCGCCGAUGUUGAUCGGAACGGCCAGCCGGUCAUCGUCGCAGGGGGACCUGCUGCACCAAAUGGAGAGUGUAGCUCACCGCCUACAUUUUAUGGAUUUCCAUAUGCGGCAACUAAUGAAGCAGCCAUCACAGAGAAACCAUCUGACGUGCCUGUUGGGAGGGCAUGGUGCGUUACUAUGGCUGAUGUUGAUAGAAAUGGGCAAAUGCUUCCGGUCGAUGCAGGUCCAGCAAUGUUAGAUGAUGAGUGUUACGCUCCUUCAAUGUAUCAGUGGAAAGGAGGGAUGGCUUCAUGA